UCUGUUAAAUUCUUAGUGAAGUUUUCGUGAUUUCCAGUGGCUGCUGUUGUUUGAGUUUGGUUUGGAGCAAACCUAAGGUAGCCGUGACAUUUCUGGGAUGGAAUCCAGAUGAGGAAGAAGAUAUAGAAGGAGAAGGAAAAAGAAGAGAAAAAAGGUGGGGAGAAAUAAAGGGAGGAGAGACCGAAGGGAAAGGGAGAAAUUGUCCCUUUUUUUCACAUUCACAUUCCUCUGUUUUCCCUCAGCCUGGAAAACAUAUUAAUCCCAGUGCUUUUAUGCCCGGAAACAAAGGGACUCAGCCAGACUUCAGGGAAAGGGUGAUAAGAAAGAUCUUGGAACUCCUCAGAGGGGAAGAUUCAGAAAUCUCUAGGAAUUCACUUUAAGGAAAAUCCCUGUGGCAGCAAAGGACCAACACACACAGACCCGAGAGAAACUGCAGACAAAUGGAGAUACAAACAGUCCCAAGGACAGCAACUUUCACCUCAUCCCACUGGACCAGAAGGUAAAAAGACGCAGCCAGAAAGAAAAGGAAUCAGCUCAGGCUGGGCUCCCUGGAGCUGCUUCACAAACACGAGCUGCAGCACAGCCCUUUUGUAUUGCUCACCCUCCACAAGGAGACAGAGGGCUGGAAGGAGCCGACUUCAUCUAGGAAACUGUCCUCGGGACCAGCCUGCGAGUUUCCUUGGAAAGCCUCUACACUCCAUCUCCAUGAACCACAAUUGGAUAACACAAUGAUGUGGAAAAUGGGACCCCGUUUCACCAUGCUGUUUGUCAUGUGGCUGGUGUGUGGAUCAGACUCUCAUUCCCCUGCCUUGGAGAGCGGCAGCCACACAGGGCGGAAAGUACCUUUGGCUUCUCCAAUCAGCAGUAGGUCAGCUCAGUAUCUGAGGCAUGCUGGGCAGUCUCGUGGAACUGAGAAAUCCGCUCAGGAAGAACCAAACCCUCAGCCUCUACAGAGGAGGAAGCGCAUACCUGUGUUGAGAUUAGCAUCCCCGACAGCAAGGCCAGCCUCCUCAGGUAUCAAUGGAGUCCCAGUCAGACCUGAGUCCAGACUGAUAGCUAGGAGUUCUCCGCGUGAGAUGGUCCGAGAUGAGGGGUCCUCGGCUCGGUCAAGAAUGUUGCGUUUCCCCUCUGGGUCCAGCUCUCCCAAUAUCCUGGCCAGCUUUGCAGGAAAGAACAGGGUGUGGGUCAUCUCAGCCCCGCAUGCCUCAGAAGGCUACUACCGCCUCAUGAUGAGCCUCCUGAAGGACGAUGUGUAUUGUGAGCUGGCUGAAAGGCACAUCCAACAGAUCGUGCUGUUCCACCAGGCAGGAGAGGAAGGGGGCAAGGUACGGAGGAUCACCAGUGAGGGCCAGAUCCUGGAGCAGCCUCUGGACCCCAAUCUCAUCCCAAAGCUGAUGAGCUUCCUGAAACUGGAGAAGGGCAAGUUUAGCAUGGUGCUGUUAAAGAAGACUCUGCAGGUGGAAGAGCGCUACCCUUACCCGGUCAGGCUGGAAGCCAUGUAUGAGGUCAUUGACCAGGGCCCCAUCCGCAGGAUCGAGAAGAUCAGGCAGAAGGGUUUUGUCCAAAAGUGUAAGACCUCGGGCUUAGAGGGUCAUGUGGUCCAGGAAGGGAACAAUGGCGGCAGAGGAGCAGGGAGCACAGGCCUGGGCAGUGAGAAGAGGAAAGAGGACCCAAGGAGAGCACAAGUCCACCCCACCAGAGAGCCUCAGAGAAAACUGGCCACCACCAAGGCAGCCACUCCCCAGCCUCCCCCAACUGCGAGACCCACCACCCUUCCUCCUGCUCCAGUCACAACAGCCACUCGGGCCACAUCCCGGGUGGUGACAGUAGCUGCAAGAUCUACAACCACGACGGCCUAUCCAGCCACCCAGAGGCCCUGGACAUCCCGGCUGAAUCCUUUCUCAGUCUCCCACAGACCCUCUGCAACAGCGGAGGUAACCACUGCCAGGGGCCCCACGGUCUCAGAGCAGCUCUAUCCUCGGAAGGAGCAACAGAGAGAGAAGCCACAGGCCACUAGGAGGCCCAGCAAAGCCACCAACUAUGGGAGUAUCACCACCAUGCCACCUACCACCCUCUGGGAGGCUAGCACAAGAGUUGUGGGCACCAGCCGUUUCCGAGACAACCGGACAGACAGACGAGAACAUGGCCCUCAGGACCCAAAUGUGGUGCCAGGUCCUCACAAGCCAGCCAAGGGGAAGCUGCCCAAAAAGAAGGACAAAAUUCUCAGCAAUGAGUAUGAAGCUAAGUACGACCUCGGCCGGCCCACCACCCCUCUUGGGGAGGAGGAGCUACAGGUGGACAACAUUCCCUCCCAGAAUGCCAAGGAGUCGAAAAAGCAUGAAAAGCUCGAGAAACCUGAGAAGGAGAAGAAAAAAAAAGGAAAGAGUGUGAAACCAGACAAGCUACUCAAGAGUGAAAAGCAAAUGAAGAAAGCUGAGAAAAAGAGCAAACAGGAGAAAGAAAAGAAUAAGAAGAAAAAGGGCAAGACAGAGCAGGAUGGCCAUCAGAAACCCACAGCCAAGCAUCUCACUCCAAACCCCAAGAAGUCAGUGACAGACCUGCUGGGAUCUUUCGAAGGCAAACGAAGACUCCUCCUGAUCACCACCCCCAAGGCUGAGAACAACAUGUACGUGCAGCAGCGGGAUGAGUAUCUGGAGAGCUUCUGCAAGAUGGCCACCAGGAGAAUCUCUGUAGUCACCAUCUUUGGUCCUGUCAACAACAGCACCAUGAAAAUUGACCACUUCCAGCUAGAUAAUGAGAAACCCAUGCGUGUGGUGGAUGAUGAGGACUUGGUAGACCAACAUCUCAUUGGCGAGCUGAGGAAAGAGUAUGGAAUGACCUAUAAUGACUUCUUCAUGGUGCUAACAGAUGUGGAUUUAAGAGUCAAGCAAUACUACGAAGUGCCAAUAGCAAUGAAAUCGGUGUUUGAUCUGAUUGAUACUUUCCAAUCCCGAAUCAAAGACAUGGAGAAGCAGAAGAAGGAGGGCAUUGCGUGCAAGGAGGACAAGAAGCAGUCCCUGGAGAAUUUCCUAUCCAGGUUCCGAUGGAGGAGGAGGUUGCUAGUGAUCUCUGCCCCUAAUGAUGAAGACUGGGCCUAUUCACAACAGCUCUCUGCCCUUAGCGGUCAGGCAUGCAACUUUGGUCUGCGUCAUAUUACCAUUCUGAAGCUUCUGGGUGUCGGAGAGGAAGUUGGAGGAGUUUUAGAACUGUUCCCUAUAAAUGGGAGCUCCACAGUUGAGAGGGAAGAUGUACCAGCCCACUUGGUCAAAGACAUUCGCAACUAUUUUCAAGUGAGCCCAGAGUACUUCUCCAUGCUUCUAGUUGGAAAAGAUGGAAAUGUUAAAUCUUGGUAUCCUUCUCCUAUGUGGUCGAUGGUCAUCGUGUAUGACUUAAUUGAUUCCAUGCAACUUCGGAGACAGGAAAUGGCCAUUCAGCAGUCACUGGGGAUGCGCUGCCCAGAAGAUGAGUAUGCAGGAUAUGGCUACCAUAGUUACCACCAAGGAUACCAGGAUGGCUACCAGGAUGACUAUCGUCAUCAUGAAAGUUACCAUCAUGGCUACCCUUACUGAACAGAAAUAUGUAACCCUAUUCCCUUCCAGUUUCCCCUUCAUCUGCUAACGCUGUGUGUGGCUAGCUGCAUAAGGAAAUUCCUCCAUACUCUACACUCCCUGCCUUUCUCUUCCAGUGUUCUUCCAAGAUUAAAGAAAUAGUAAGAUUUCCCUUAUUCAUGAGUUGUUAUUAAGACAUUUAAAAGAACUCUCUAACUUGAGAGAGAAAAAUCUGGUGCUAAAUAAUUUGUACUAAAAAAAGGCAGUAUCUCUCUUUUUUAUAAAAUAACUAUUAUUUGAUAUGAAAAUGUCUAUAAAGUGUUUACACAUAUUUUCCUCAUUUUAAUAUGACUUUGUAACUGAAAACUAUGUUAAAGAAAAUUAAAAAAUCAUAGUACAAAUGUUUUCAUAAAAUGUCUGGAUAGACACAGAAGACAACAAAUGGCUUAUUUUUUUUUCUUUUGAGACAGGGACUGUCUGUAUAGUUCUGACUGAUCUAGAACUCAUAUGUAGAUUAGGUUGGUCUUAAUCUCACAAGAUCCACCCACUUCUUCCUCCCGAAUGCUGGGAUUAAAGGAACGAGUAACCAUGUCUGGCUACAGAUGGCUUUUUAACACAUGAAAUCUCAGCCUAAAAAUAUUUACAACAGUUUUAUGCCACAUGAGGCUCUUUUAUUAAACCUGGUGACCCCUGAAUAGUGAUAUUGGUCAUCAACAAUAAACCAAUGUUGUUAUAAACAGGCAAUUUCUGAAUUCCUGUCAUACUCUGUGACAUUUAUGAUCUUUUCAGCUUUGGGGGUAAAAUGCUAAAUCCAGAGGUUUUGUAUUAAUGUUGAUUUUCUGGACAUGGCUGUUGCCUUUCUUGGCUCUGGUGUCCUUAGCCUAGGAGACAAAGGUGCCUGAUGGUCAGCAGAGUCACCUCUUGAAUUUGCCGAAAGGAGUGAGUACCAUGAAAGCAGAUGUAUUAAGGAAAAGUGAGAAAGAUUCCUGAGAAUGGGAAAGGUUCCAGGAGAUAGAAACUUGCUUUGACUUUAGGAAUCCUGUUAUGGCAAAACUGAAAACUGACUUUGAGAAAUAAAUUUUAUUAUUAAUAAACAGGUUGACCUGUGUGUAGGGGCUUUUAAAGGGGUUUUGGAAGAAACUAGACAAAGCUUGAGCAUAUUGUGACUGAGUCAAUAGGAGCUCAUAUACUCUGUUCAUGGUCCCCCUGUCUCAACCUGGGACAUGAUCGUGCACUGUUUCCCAAUCAGGUGAGUGUCAUGAGCUUCAGCCUGUUCAUUUUCUUUUGACUUUUGCUUGGCUUGACAUCCAUACACCUUGCCUAGGUGUGCCAGUUUCUAAGCAAACUAUGAUCAUUUUGUUCCUAGGUUUUGUAUCCACCUUGUAAUUUCCUAUGGACCCUUUCACUGCUUAUGAGAGCUAACCCCUACCACAGCUACAAAACGUGCCAUAGUUUUUCUCGGUACUUCAUAUACAGCUCUUUUGGCUUGCUUCUUGCUAUGGGGUGUCCGCGGAAAGAUGAAAGAGAACAUGGGUGGAUCCAGUUCUAGAAACAUGCCUAAAUUUGAGAAGACCAAGUUGGGAAUUACUGAAAGACUUGGCCCAUGCAAGAAAUGACUUGACAUAAGCCUGAAGGUGAGACUCUACUUCAUAUAAAUGAUUCAAAUAAUGUACACUAUUUUCUUUACAUUCUGCUAGAAUACAGAACACAAAACAGGAAACUUCUCCUUACAUAUAAACUCAGACAAGUAGAGAACAGUUACAAAGAUAGCCAACUGUCACAGUAGGUAUAGCGAUGGAAAUAAAGGGAAGGAAGUAGCAAGGGAGGAAAAAAGAGUAAUUGCAGCUUGGUAGUCAUCUUGAUGUUUACACUGUUUUUCCUUCAAUUUCCCCGUGACCUUAGUAGGUGUCUUCCAUUGGCUCCACCAUCACCACGGUCAGUGGUCAAUGGAGAUCCUCAUAGUAUAGGCACAACUUCUCUGGAAAUGUCAUCUUUCUCAGCUUUAAGAAGUUAUUUGGGUAAAUGCACCACAAUUUCUGUACCCAUUCCUCAGUUGUGGGACAUCUAAGUUGUUUCCUGAUCCUGGCUAUUAUGAAUAAAACUGCUAUGAAAACA